CGUAUGGAUGCAUUUGUGCGGCCGUGUUCUAUAAUUAUUAUAAGCAAAAUCCGGAGGAGGGUAUGUAUCUAGUUUAUGUCUCCGCAGCAGGCGAGCCAGUGAAAAUGUCGCCGGAGAUAGAGGGAGUUGUCGCUAAAUACCCUGAUCUAUUUGAAGAGCCGAAAGGGGUUGUAGAGAGGGAAGUCGUCCACGCGAUAGAGAUUAUCCCAGGGUCUAGCAUUCUGAAGGGUAGGAUCUAUCAGAUGUCGCCAAGCGAGCUUGAUGAGCUUCGCCGACAGCUCAAGGAACUCGUAGAGAAGGGUUGGAUCCGGCUGAGCGUCUCCCCUUACGGAUCACAUGUCUUAUUUGUACCAAAGAAGGGGGGAACUUUGAGGAUGUGCAUUGACUAUAGGGGUCUCAAUGCCAUCACUGUCAAGAACCGAGAGCCCCUACCACGCAUCGAUGACUUGUUGGACCGAGUGCAAGGGUGCCGGUACUUCAGUAAGAUAGAUCUGAAGUUCGGGUACCAUCAGAUUGCAAUAUGUCCUGAGGAUCAACACAAAACCGUUUUUCAGACCAGGUACGGUCCGUACGGGUUUGUGGUGAUGCCUUUCGGCCUUUGCAAUGUUUCUGGCACCUUUCAACACGCAAUGAACCGGAUCUUUCAUGAUUACUUGGAUAAGUUUGUCAUCGUGUACCUUGAUGACAUACUUGUCUUGAGUAGGACUGUCGAGGGGCACGUUGGUCAUUUAGACAAAGUCCUUAGUCUCCUUCGGCAACACAAGUUCAAGAUCAACGACGAGAAGUGCGAGUUUGGCCGCACCCGUAGCUUGUACGUGGGUCAUGAGAUUUCCGCAGAGGGAUUGAAGCCCGAUGACGCGAAGGUGGCCAGCAUUCGUGACUGGCCGCGUCCGCAGUUUGUGACUGAGAUGAGGUCCUUCUUAGGUAUGACGGGCUACUAUCGCAACUUUCUGAAAAACUAUAGCAUAGUGGUCGCACCUUUGACGGACCUGACCCGCCUUGGCACCCCAUGGGAGUGGACAGACAGGUGUAAGGCUGCCUUCAGACACCUGAAGCAUGCUCUGACACACUAUGAGGUCUUGAAACUUCCUGAUCCUGACAAGCCGUUUAUAGUCACCACAGAUGCUAGCCAAUAUGGCAUAGGCGCCGUGCUCGCGCAGCAGGAGGGGCCAAAGUUGAGGCCUCUUGAGUACAUGUCCAAAAAGAUGUCCUCUCAGAAGUUGGCUAAGUCCACCUAUGAGAAGGAGCUCUAUGCGAUCUAUAAAGCGCUAACCCACUGGAGGCAUUACCCCCUUGGGCGGUUUUUCUACGGCAGGACUAAUCAUCAGACCUUGAAGUGGAUGAGAACCCAGCCUGUGCUCUCCGAUGCGCUGAAACGCUGGAUCGAAGUCAUUGAGCAGUAUGACUUUGAGCCCCAGUACCUCAAAGGUGAGUACAACAAAGCUGCUGAUGUGUUGUCGCGUAGGCCAAAUUUCUCCGGUGCGCUGAUCACUGAGUUUGGGCUUGCGGACGAUGUUACUCGCUCUUUGGUGGAAGCCUAUCGCGAGGAUCCGUUUAUGGUUGAGAUCAUACGCAGACUCGAGAUGAAGGACAAAACAACUUCUGCUGAGUUUGAGUUGGUCAAUGGCCUACUGUUUAGUAAAUAUGCUAGCUUAGUGGCAAUGCCUGAAACAACAAAAACAGAGUAUGUAAUUAGAGUCUUCAAGGAGAACUGGGUCAGGGACUUUGGGCUUCCUAAGUCUAUUGUUAGUCACAGGGACAUCAGAUUCACAAGCGAGUUGUGGAAGGCUGCAACUGCAGAACAGGUUACACAACUGCAAAUGACUUUCGGGAACCACCCAGAGGCGAACGACCAAGCAGAGCAGCUGAACCGCGCUGUACAACACCUGUUAAGGCACUACGUCAAGCCCAAUCAGGUGGACCGGGAUGAGAAACUUGCUCUCAUCACCAGCCUGUACAACAACGCUGUGCACAGCGCCACUGGGGUGAGCCCUAACAUUCUUCUACUGCCUUUCAAGCCUAGACUACCACUGAACUUCCUGUUACCUAAGAACCAGCCGACGGCUGCACCUGGCACACUAGAAUUUGCCUAUCGAUGUGAACAACUGAUGCAGCAGGCGGUAGAAGAGAUGCACAGGGCACAGGCGGCGAUGAUAGAGACUGAGAAUAAGCACCGCCGCCCAUCUACAUUCCAGGUAGGGGACAGAGUUUGGGUUAAGUCCUCAGAAUUGGGUCAGGAGCAAGGGAUCUCCCGCAAGCUCAUGCCACAGUACUUUGGACCCUGGGAGGUUCUAGAUAUCGUUGGGGAUGAUCCGGAUGGGCCUUCAUAUGUAGUUCAGAUCCCUGGACACCUUCGCACUUACCCAGUCUUCCACGCCUCCAAGCUCGCACCUUUCAGGGAAACUGACCAGUUUCCUUCUUGUCGCUCAAUGCUGCCCCCAACCAUGGAUGGAGAGGUCGACAUCGAUGACAUCGUGGAUCACAGAGAAAUGCCAGUUCCAAGGCCUACAGGCAGGGGACGACCUCCGAAACUGAGGCUGCAGUAUCGUGUUUGGUUCAGACAUCACACUGAUCCUAAGGAGGAUAGAUGGUUUACACGGGAGGAACUGAUGCAGACCGCCCCACAAGUGGUCGCCCACUACGAGAAGUUACUGCAGAAAGGAAAGCGCCAGAUUCAAUGAACUUCUCCGAGGACAAGGGAAGUAUGGAGGAGGGAAUGUGAUGCACAAGGCCUCGAUAUGCCCUACAGGGCCUAUUUUCAACACAGUC